AUGGCCCUCCUUGUGCAGGUUGUGCAUUUCAUGUUUGGACCAUCCUUUACCGCCGUCACCAUUCGCGUAAAAGACGGACUCAUCGUGUGCGACCCACACAAUUACUGGCUGGUUUGCAUUGUUGGGGGGGGGGUUCCACAGCCGCCAUGUCUGGACCUCUGUCGAAGGCGCACUUCCAACUACGCGGCGUCGCUCAUCGUGUCAUUGUUGCGAAUGAGCUUCACGGCUGCGGUCGUGUUGAACACGGAGUUCACGCCCCCGAACCGGCUGUGUUCCAUCGACACGAGCAACUUUGGCUUGGAAUUCUCUGGCGAAGUGCCCGUCGAUGUGACGAUGUGGUUUUUUUUUCAAGUGAUCACGUGA